ACAAGGUCCAGCAAAAUGGAAGAGAAAAAGGACGAAAGAGAAGAAAACAAACAGGAUGAGGGAGAGAGUGAAGAGAAGGGAGCGAAGACUGUACUGGGGAUUUUCAGCAGGCAGCAGUUCAUCAUGCUGUGUGUUGGAGUUGGUCUACUUCUGCUGCUCAUCGUCAUCACUGUGACCUCAGUGCUUCUGACCAGGAACUCAGGAUCAGGAGGCUCGGAGACCAUGGUGUCGUUCCCUACAGAUGGAGAUAUGCUGGAAUUUCUCCUCCAAAAUGGAGAGAUUCAGGAGAAGGAUGGGCUCUAUGCCACAUGGUAUCACGCUGCAAACAGCAAAGCCGAAAUGAACGAAGCUCUGAAGAGUGAUGUCAUGAUUCUGGAGGCUGAUGUGAACGUUGAAGGCCAUGACACCGUCAACGAAACCAACAUUCCAAUCAUGGCCCAUCCACCAGACGUCUACAGCGACAACACUUUGGAAGAGUGGCUUGAUGCUGUACUCAAAUCUAAGAAAGGAAUAAAGCUGGACUUUAAAAGUCUUCAGUCUGUAGAACCCUCACUCGAUCUUCUGAGGAUCAAGAAUCAAACCGGAAUAAACCGUCCUGUAUGGAUAAAUGCUGAUAUUCUUCCGGGCCCAAAUGUUCCUAGUUUCUGGCCUGUGGUCAACGCAACUCGGUUCCUGGACCUCAUCCAGAAGAAGUUUCCAGAUGUCACCAUUUCACCAGGCUGGAAGGUUCUUUACAUUCCCCUCUUCCCCAAUGUGACAUACACCCAGGCCAUGGUGGAGGAAAUGUAUGACACUGUCAAACACCUUCCCCAGAAAAUCACCUUUCCUGUUUUGGCAGUCAUGGUCAAGAAUGGAUGGCCACAUCUCAGCUGGCUCCUCAGCCAGUCUUCCAGGUUCAGUUUGACCUUGUGGCAGGGGGAGGACAACCCAACUCUGAAUGACCUUCUCUUCAUCAGGGACAACAGCAACCCUCAGCGCAUCUAUUACGACAUCUAUGAGCCUGUGCUGUCCCAGCUCAAAGAGGCUGCCAAGCAGAAAGACAGAGCCAGAAGGUUCUACCCAGGUGGGGACAUAGUGGACUAUUUCAAGCCUGCGAACAGCGAUGGCCUAAACAUCCUGUGGGAGACUGUGACCAAUAGAGACUCUCUGCUCUCUUUACUCGAAGACAGCCCUGGUGGGAUGAUUGUGAUUCCGGUAAUAUCUGGCUCAGGAACGCCAAAGAUUCCAGUGGUUGAGGACUCUCAGCCAGAGCUGCCGCUACAAGACUGCUUGGCGCUGAUCUUGGCCUCCAAAAAGCCAUGGGGCAUCUACCUGAGAGUCAAGUCUCAAAGCCAACUGGCCGUCUCACUGCAGUUACUUCGGCAGGCCUACGAUAACGACCUACUGUACCACCCAACCUGGGUCAACAUGGAUGUGGCUCAUGGAGCCUUCAGCGUUCGAGGCUAUAUCACAGGCCAGGAGUUUCUGAGGACCAUUGACCAGAACUUUCCGUAUGUGACUAUAGCUCCGAGUUGGCCUCCAGAGGUUCUUCAUCAGGGUUACACACCCCAGCUGGUGGAGGACAUGUUAGAGCUUUUCCAGGGAACCUGGCAGGACGUCUCACUGCAGCUGCAGGCUGACCAUCUGGAGAGGUCAAAGGAUGGACUUGGAAGGCUACUUCAAAGCCAGUCACGUUUUUCUCUUACAGUGGAGCACAAGGCAGGGAAGGAAGAACUUAAAGAUGGAACCCAGAGUUUGACGUCCGUCCAUGAAUGGAAUAAACAGAGAACCUUUUACAACAUACCGAAAGCAUAG